GGGCCACGCUGCAAUCCGCUGCUGCUAAAGUAAAACUCGAUCUGUUCGGUACUCGUAAAACAUGCCGUUCGUUCUAAACCUGUGGAUCGUUUAUGCCUUUUUGAUCAAACCAGCAGGUUCUUCUAAACUGGUCUGCUCUCCAUCGACGGUCCAAGCACAUCUGGGUCAGGAUGCGGUUCUGUCAUGUCAAGUAGAACCUCCAUUUGACUUGACGGCUGAGACCUUGGAAUGGAAACAUGGAACAGAGGAUGUUCACGUGUUUCGGAGUUUGGGGGAUGACCCAGACAAUCAAGACCCAAGAUUCAAAGGCAGAACCAUCCUCAACCGCCAGAACCUGAAGGAUGGAAACGUUUCCCUCACACUGACCAACUUCACCAAGAAGGAUGAAGGAAACUACUCCCUCUGUCUUCGUACGCAGACGCCGUUCAUGUGUUCUAACGUCACCCUGACAAAGAUUCCACAGAUGGACAAUGAGACACACAACCAUCCAGGAUCUGCUGUGAGCUUUGGUGUCAUCCCUGCCAUAGCUGUUGGUGUUCUUGGAGGUGUUCUUGGUGUUCUAGGUGUUGCUGUUGUUGUGAGGAUCCUGGCUUUUAGAUACUUGAGGAGAUUCUGCUUCAAUCACUCUGAGGAGGAGGAGGAGGAACCAGCUGUGAUUGGAACCAAACUGUGAGGAAAGGAUGCUAACCACUACACCAGAGAGCAGCCCAGCUCCUACAGAGCAAAAACCAUCUUUGGUGGAUCGAUGUCUCUAACUCCUUCCAAACUUGUGUCCUAAAUAACCACCAAAGUUGAAUUUAGCUCCUGGAUGAAGCCGUUAAAGUUUUGACAUUGUAACGUUGUGAAAAAGAGUUCAGCAGAGGGAAAAAGAAAAAAAAAUCUCACUUUAUCAAUAAUGACCAUCAACCUCAUGAAGUCCGGUUGGACGACUUCUGUCUCAAAUUAUGCAUAAAUGAAAGAGGAGCUGCACAACCUGGGGGUCCCAAUCACCAAAAGGAGGGAAGGUACAACACUAAUAGACCGAAUCCUUGCUUCAGUCCCCCGGGGCAAACUGAUGACCUCAUCAUUAAUGGAUACCUGAAGCACGUGUUUGCCUCAUAUGCAAACAUUAGAAAAACAACGAUUCAUUUCCCCCACAAUUCGGUUCUAUGGUGUCGGCUAUGGUUCAGUCUGAAACCCAGAACUCAGACACGACUCGGGUCACUGACGAAUUCAGCGAUCUCAAGGUGGACAGGCUUUGCUGCUGUGAUCCCACCUGGAUUUCAGUUGAACUUUCACCUGCUGACUAUGAGCAGAAAUCAACCCAGUUAUCCAACGAUCAAACCCCUUUUUCUAUGAAAUGUCUAAGUAAUUUAUUUAAAUGUACUAAGAAAUCAAUGCUACUUCCAUCCACUAGCUUAGGCUUCCUGUAAGAGACCUUUAAUCCUUGUGCUAUCCUAUGGGAUCAAGAUGACCAUUGACGUGAAUAAAGUUUCAUUCAUUCAUGA